AGAAUGUAAUGCAAUGGCCAUAUAUUUUACAAGGUGUCUUAUUUGCACAUAGAACGGCACAGCAUUCUUCCACUGGAUACACGCCAUUUAAAAUGUUAUAUCAACGUGAUGCUACGCUACCUAUUGAUAUUAAUUAUGACGAUAAAGAUAAAUAUUCUGUAACAUACAAUAGUAAUCAGUAUGACUCAGAUCACCAAGAUAAUGAUUUAGAUUUAUUUGAUCAAGAAACAUUUAAAACUACACUAAAUCAAAUGAUCGCCAUGAGGGAUAUAAUGGAAAAAAAAAGCAAAAAAAAAUAUAGAUGAAGCACAAACACGUCAACGUUAUUCUUAUUCUAAACGUCAUAAUACGGGUCACAUAUUUCAAGAAGGUGAUAAAGUUUUCGUCAGAAACUUGUGUAGGGAUGAUCGGAAAGGUGGUUGGCGUCAGAUACCGUGGAAUGGUCCAUAUGAAAUAGUAUCUUUUCACUCUGGCAAUACAUGUGUACUCAAAAAUGAGUUCAAAGUCUUGAAAAAAAAAAAUUAAUUUGAAAAAUUUAAAAAUGUACAAUGAACCGAUGGAAAAUAAAACGGAAGAAAAAUAUGAUGCUGACAAGUCUGGAAGCAAAAGUAGCGGCACUGACAGUUUUAAAGAUGUCGAUAAUUUGCAAGUGAAGGAUAUUGAAUAUACCAAAUCAAAGCUGGAUGAGUUGAAGGAUAAACAAGUAUUUAAUCCCGUGACGAAGCCAUGGCAGUUGAGACAGAACAAGAUUUUAAAUCUUAAAAUAGAAAAGAAUUUGAUUUAUAAAUACCGUGGAAAAAUUCUCGGAGAGCCAACAAAAAUCAUAAAUAUUAUUGGUGAUGGUAAUUGUCUCUAUAGGUCUUUAUCUUACUGGAUAACCGGAACAGAAGAUCAUCAUUUGAAAAUACGAAACUUGAUUGCUGAGGUAGUGAAGUCAAAUGAAAACAUUGAAAAGUAUGUUGGAGGGAAGAAUAAACUUCUUCAAUAUCUCGAAAAAAAUAUAGAAAAUGACGGUGUAUGGGGAACUGAUGUCGAAAUAUUUGCUGCUGCUUUUUUACUAAAGACAUCAAUUUAUGUUUAUUCUACAGUGACAAAUAAGUGGCAAAUAUUUAACAAAUAUAUGGACUUAAAGAAAAAAGUCAUGAGGAAUGAAAAGUGCAUUUAUUUAAGAAACAUCAACAAUGUACACUAUGAUGUCGUUAUGGAUGUAUAAUUAUGUUAUUUAUUACAUACGAAUAUUACAUAACUUAUUUUAUUAUAUUUAUAUUUUAUAUUUUAAAACAAUUGAGUAGAUUUCAGAAGUGUUGGUGAGGUCAGGUGGGGUAAGUGCCUAAUCUGUUUAUAAAAAAUACAAUCUUUCAAUUUUAAAGUUGAUUUCAUGAAUAUCACGAAGUUUAAUAGUAAUUGAAUGUUGUAUGAUGUUGGUUACACUUUAGGAUAUUAAACACAGCAGUUAUCCAAAAAGUUAAUCAGUUAUUUACUCGUAUUUUUUUAAAAUCAACGAUAAUUCAACUAGUUAACCCGCCAAAAUUGCUCAAAAUAAUUUCAAAUUAGGUAAAUAAAUGUUAUUUAAUAUUUAUGACACUAUUUAAUUUAUGAAUUAUGAUAAUUGUAUGAUACAAAAGAGCAUUAGCCAAUUAUGCACUUUCCCCGUGUAAAGUUCCACACGAGACAUGAUGACAGAUGACGAGACAGUGCGACAUGCAGAUUUAUGGGGAAAGUACGACAUGCCUUAUUUUGUUAAAUAGUUAAAAAGAUUUUAUAAACAUUGUGUGUGACUAAAAUAUUUAUGAGUUACAAAUAUUCAUCUUUAAAUAUGUAAAUAGUUGACAAUUAAACUUUGAAUGUGUUAACAUUAUACCAACCAAAACUUAAAAUAACUAAUACCUAUGUAUUAACUAUACAUUAAAAAAAACUGAUGUCUGUCAAAUCUUGAUAAAAUUAAAAUAAUUGAAUUCUUUCAACGGAAUUUCUUUGAAGAUUUUUAUUAGUUUAUGGCACUUGCCCCGGCCAAGGAGUAGCUUGUAUCAAACUGUAUUAAAAGUACCGGUUUUGCACUUAAGCCGGUAGCAUUUUUUUUUUUUUUUGAAUAAUUUUUUUUU